AUGUCCUGUGUGCAUUAUAAAUUUUUCUCCAAACUCAACUAUGAUACCGUUACCUUUGAUGGCCUCUACAUCUCCCUGUGUGAUUUGAAGAAGCAAAUCAUGGGGAGAGAAAAACUCAGGGCUUCGAGCUGUGAUCUACAGAUCAGCAAUGCAGAAACAAAAGAAGAAUACACAGAUGACAAUGCCCUGAUUUACAAGAAUUCAUCUGUUAUGGUAAGAAGAAUCCCUGUUGAAGGUGUUAUAUCUACAAGCAAGACAUAUGUUUUAAGACAAACUAAACCAGCUAAAAUGGAAACUAAAAUGAAGAUUGAUGACUCUUCUGUAUCUACUUCUCUGGCCCAGCUUAUAAAGACUGCCAAUCUGGCUGAAGCCAAUGCUUCUGAAGAAGAUAAAAUUAAAGCAAUGAUGGUACAGUCUGCCCACGAAUAUGAUCCAAUCAAUUACAUGAAGAAGCCUCUGGGUCCACCUCCACCAUCUUAUACCUGUUUCCGGUGUGGCAAAUCUGGCCAUUACAUAAAGAAUUGCCCAACAAAUGGGGAUAAAAACUUUAAACCAGUUCCCAGAAUUAAAAAGAGUACUGGAAUCCCUAGAAGUUUUAUGAUGGAGGUGAAAGAUCCUAACAUGAAAGGUGCUAUGCUUACCAACACUGGUAAAUAUGUUAUUCCAAUUAUAAAUGCAGAGGCAUAUGCCAUAGGGAAGAAAGAAAAACUACCUUUCCUACCAGAGGAACCAUCCUCUUCAUCAGAAGAGAAUGACCCUAUCCCAGAUGAAUUGUUAUGUCUAAUCUGCAAAGAUAUAGUGACUGAUGCAGUUGUCAUACCUUGCUGUGGAAACAGUUAUUGUGAUGAAUGCAUAAGAACAGCAUUGCUAGAGUCAGAUGAACAUACAUGUCCAACUUGUCAUCAGAAUGAUGUAUCUCCUGAUGCUUUAAUUGCCAACAAGUUUUUGCGCCAGGCUGUUAAUAACUUCAAAAAUGAAACUGGUUAUACUAAAAGGCUUCAAAAUAAAAUGCGCCCACCCCCACCUCCAAUUCCACCUCCAAGACCACUGAUUCAACGGAAUCUACAACCAGUGAUGAGACUUCCAAUUUCAAGACAACAGGACCCUUUGAUGAUUCCAGUGAAAUCUGCAUCUAUUCAUGCUGCUACUUCUAUAUCAUCAUCCAUGACUCCUAAUCAGUCUUCCUCUGCUGUUCCUAUAAAUCAACUUUCUACUCCAGCACCAGUUCCUGAUAUAACUGCCACAGAAAAACCAGAUGGGCCUUUCUGUGAUCCUGAUAAUAAAAUUAUACCUGCUGCAGUUUUGGUAUCAGAUCAUCCUAAAACUUCUUCAUCAAUAACAAUUCAUGCACUAAUGGAAGAAAAGACCUAUCAGAUACCUGUACUUGGGGCACCUUCUUUGCUUGGGCAGUCCCUUUUGCAUGGACAGUUGAUACCUACAAUUGAUCCAGUAAGAACAAAUGCUGCUCAUUCUGCUGCUAGUGGUAGACAUGGUUGGAAACCAAGCAUAAAUCGAAGACAACAUCUUGGUGAACACUCACAGAGGACUCAAGGCCCAUCACUACCAGCAACACCUGUACCACCGCCUCCUUUGUAUCCACCACCUCAGUUCCCACCUCAUUUUCCACCUGGGCAACCACCACCUGCUGGCUACAAUGUCCCUCCUCCAGGUUUCCCUCCAGCACCUACAAAUUUAUCAACAGCAGUACAAACAGCUCAUUCAAAUACUAUCCCAACAACACAAGCUCUACCAUUAUCCAGGGAAGAGUUCUACAGAGAGCAAAGACGUCUAAAAGAGGAGGAAAAGAAAAAGUCUAAAUCGCCAUCUAGGGGCUCCUCCUAUUCAAGAAGUUCACAUAUCUAUUCUAAAUCAAGAUCUGGUUCUUCAUGUUCCUGUUGCUAUUCUCGGUCCUUUAGUUGUUCACACUCUCCUUCUUAUUCACGAUUACCUUCCCGAAGAGGCAGAGGGAAAAGUCAAAAUUAUCGUGCAAGAUCCAGAUCUCAUGGAUAUCACUGCUCCAGAUCAAGGUCCCCCCCAUAUCGGGGAUAUCAUUCACGAUCAAGAUCCCCUCCAGUUUUUAGGGGACAGUCUCCUAAUAAACGAAAUAUACCUCAAGGAGCAACAGGUCACCACACUUGCAACAAAGGUGGCAAUUAUCCAGAAAAGCUUUCAGCAAGAGAUGGUCACACCAUGAAGGAUAGUGCCAAGUCAAAAGAGAAGGAGAAUGAAAAUCCACCAGGAGAUGGAAAAGGAAACAAACAUAAGAAACACCAAAAGAGAAGAAAGGAGGAAGAAAAUGAAGAAUUUCCUAACACAGAGUUGCUAGAGAGUUCUAGAAAAAAAAGGAAGUAUUAA